AUCAUUGUUUUAAAUAAUGUAUGAGUGUUUCAGUACUCGUGUUAGUUUUGGAUUACCUCUUAAACAUAAGAUUACGUUAUAUGAGUUUUCGAAGAGGCAUGUGUUUCUCAACCACGAAGUUGCUAGGCGCCUUUUGUUUUCAUUCCUGAUGUUACAGAUAUGUCAAGCGUGCUAGCAUCUAGCUCUAAACUUUUUGUGGAUCAACUUUUUACUACGCUGGCUAAAUUAAGUUAGUUGUUGUAUCUAAAUACGGGAGCUAGAUAUAUUUGAUUUGUUGUUGUGUUUAGUGAUAUAUUCGGAGAAGCUUCUUAAUUUAUCAUGAGAUACAUUAUUACAAUGGAGGUGGAGGAGGGGAAUAACGUUACAGAAGUUUUCGUCCAUAUGCUAUUUAGCCUAUCAACUGCUAGUUUCUUAUCCUAGCUGUUGGACGUAAUAUCUAACUUGAAACAACUAACGUUAGCAUAUCUGGGGUAGCGUCCGUUGAGUCGGUAACAUUACAUUACCAACGUUGGUUUUCAUGGUCAGACAAGGACUGCUUGAAAUCAGUAAAGAUACACUCUUGCUUUCUAGCACUACUCUAAUGCCAAACCAUGGAACUGUACCAUGUAUUGGAGAUGAUAGGAGAGGGCUCCUUUGGUCGAGUUUACAAAGGUCGCCGAAAGUACAGCGGGCAGGCGGUGGCGCUCAAGUUCAUACCAAAAGUGGGUCGCUCAGAGAAGGAGCUUCGCAGCCUCAAAAGAGAGAUUGAAAUCAUGAGAGGAUUAAGACAUCCCAACAUAGUAUUGCUCUUGGACAGCUUCGAGACUGACAGGGAGGUGGUUGUAGUUACAGAAUAUGCUGAAGGGGAGCUGUUCCAAAUACUGGAGGAUGAUGGCAGCUUACCUGAGAGCCAGGUACGUGCAAUUGCCUGCCAGUUGGUGUCUGCCCUGUACUACUUGCACUCCCAUCGGAUUCUUCAUCGAGACAUGAAGCCGCAAAACAUCCUACUUGGGAAAGGAGGAGUUGUGAAGCUGUGCGAUUUCGGCUUUGCCCGUGCUAUGAGUGUGUCCACUCUGGUGCUGACCUCCAUAAAGGGAACGCCACUCUACAUGUCCCCGGAGCUGGUGGAGGAGAAGCCCUAUGACCACACGGCUGACCUCUGGUCCCUGGGCUGCAUCCUGUACGAGCUCCACACUGGAGUGCCCCCUUUCUACACCAACUCCAUCUUCCAGCUGGUGCAGCUGAUCGUCAAGGACCCCGUGAAGUGGCCGGAGACCAUGAGCCCGGGCUGCACGAACUUCUUACAAGGUUUGUUGACGAAGGAUCCCCAGAGAAGGCUGUCAUGGCCUCACCUCCUUCAGCACCCGUUUGUUGCUGAUGAAGUUCUAGUGCUCUCGGACGAGGGUUCAUCCAGUCCACUGACCGUCACUCCCAGUCCAGAUGUGCAGGCCCAGAAGCAGCUGCAGACUGCCGAGAGGACGGCUCCCUCCGCUGGGGAGAGCAAGCUGCUGCGCAAAGCCAGGGAGCAGAGGGACAAGGAGAGGCGAGUCAGACAGGAUCAGAUGGGAACGUCUAAAGCGGUUCCACCAAAUCAGACCCGCUCCAGAACUGCACCAGCUGGGAAAACCUCCUCUGACAACUCCACCACCGCCUGCCCCCAGUUACAAGCAAAUAGCACAAGGGUCAUAAGGGUGCAUUCGGCUCCGAGUAAAGGUCAGAUCAGCAGGGACUACGAUCGGGAGUUCCCCUCGGUGGAGGUCGGCCCCAGGCAACUGCUGAAGUGCUCCGGGUCAAAACAAAGCAACCUGGGCUCCGUGCGGAUGGACAGUGAGGACAUUGACAGUGAUGAAGAAUGGCAAAAGUUUGCUGAAGUGACAGAUUGGACAUGUCAGGUUUUGGCCAACUCAAAUAUUUUAUCCCGCCUGAAGGGAAAACUGCUUGCUUCCAAAGAAAAGCUGCUGGAUGGCAUGUUGGAAGGUGCGAGUCAGAUUCGGGAACCCCUCCAGGUUCUGAGAAAUGUUUUGAUCUCUGACCCGGAGCAAGCCCGCCAUGUUUGUCAGGAAGUUGGUCUGCCACACUUCCUGUUUGAUCUCAUCGAGGAUGUUCUUGGCAACACAGUAGUCCUGCAGCAGGCCUGGAGUGGAGCAGUCUUGGGAGACCUGAUGACUGUGCUGCUGGUGUACUGGGAAAGAGAUCCGGACUGGGAAGUCGCAGGCAGGAGACUGGAAGAUCUCUCCAAGCUGUUCCUCCCAGUGUUGCUGCGUCCCUGCCCGCACCCUCUGGUGCCUCUAUCAGCCUCAGUUCUGACCCUUUUCACACAUCGUGGUGUGCAUGUGGAGGUUGGGAUGGACAGGCUGAUGCUCAUGUUGAAACAUUUGCUGACAGACCCUGAAGAGUUCUACCACCUCCCAACCCCCCACUGGGGCAUCUGUGAUGGGUUACUCUCACUGUUGCUCUAUACAGUCUCAGAGGGUGAAGUAGACUCUUUGUCUGGCCUGUUGGACUCUGAUGUUUGGUGCCAUCUAUGGGUAAAAGUUGGAACCUCACUGGAAAAAACAACGAAGAGGAACUUUGUGUCGCACAAUGGACUGCACGAUCUCCUGUCUCUGGCCACGCUUGCCUUCAGCCACGAGCCGUACAGCUGUGUCCCUCUGCUCUCCGACAGCUCGACCGCCUGCGUGUCCACCCUGAGCCAUCUGCUGAACGCUCGCCGUGGCGAGCUGACUGGCAGCAGAGGCGGCGAGCUCUGGGGCGACGCGGGCGCCAGCAACCUCCCUGUGAUGAGCUGCCACCUGCUCUGCUUCCCCUUUGCCCUCGAGUUGUCUCCCGAGAAGAUGGCACAGCUCCUCCAGUGCUAUCACAGCGCCAGCGUCGUCAAGGGUCUUGUGCAGGUCAUCCAGUCCUUGCCCCCGUCCUCCCUGCUGGAGCUGCCCCUCACCUUGCUGUGCCGUCUGUCGCUGUGCGACCCUCAGCGCUCCGUGCCCAGCUUCACCGCCGCGGCCUGGGACCGAGGCUUCUUCUCCCUGCCCGGGGACGCUGGACCGGCGAGGACCGAGCAGAGCCACGACCGGUCACAGUCACAGUGGUCAGAGAGCGGAGCGGGCCGGUCCACACGCAACCCGCUCCCCACAGAGAGCAGCGAGGAUCCGUCAAAGGACAGCAGGAUGAGGGGAAACGGUGGUCACCACCAGCCAAAAGACAGGACGCAGCAGGCCAUGGGGAGGGCAGAGCAAAUGUGGGGAGGAGAGGGUGUGUCCAUCAAAGACAGCCUUGACCAGCACAGUGCCCAUGUAGAGGAGAUUAUGGACAGUUUAGAGAGCUCCAACCUACUCAGUGAGCACAGAGCCCAGGUUAAGAGGACCCAGACCCAAUUCAGAGUUGGUUUAAACCAGUCCAGAACCGUAGAUCAGCCCACCGGGAAGCCCAACCAAGCUAGUGCCAUGGGGGCAGGAGACCAGCCCAUGGAGCCCGCUCGGGUCCGGACAGCCAGCGCUCUCCUGCUGCUCCUCCUGGAGGAGGUGUCCCUGUCGGGCUGCGCGGCCGAGCUCCUCUCCCUGCUGUCGCAGGUGGCCCGCAGCUCCAUCCGCUCCUCCCUGCUCCUCAUCCCCCUGGAGCCCGCCACGCUGCGCACCGCCCUGGGCCACCCGGAGGACAGCGUGCGGGCCGCCGCCUGCAGCCUGCUGGGUAAUCUGGACCCCCUGGUGGGGUGGUCCACGUCGGACGCGGACGUCCGCCUGGGUUUGGCCGCGCCGCCUGUCCUCCUGGAGGACCUGGUCAGCUGCUUGCGCGACCCGUCUCCGUCCGUGAGGAAGAGGGCGUGCCGGGCGGUCGGGACGUGGCUGGGGCUGAUCGUGCUGGCGGGGCCAGGAGAAGGGACGCUAGGCCAGUCCCACGAGCUGAAACUGGACAGAAAUGCAGGCGCUUCAGGUGGCAGCUCCCUGGCCCGAGCGAGGGGGAGAGUGGACAGACGGGGCAGCACAGGCACAGUCACUGGGGGGGGACGGGACGGGGUUGAGGGAUGGACGGAGGUGGCGCUGGGCGCGGUGGCACCGCUGGCGUCGCUGCUCCGUGACCCGGACUCCCUGACACGCCAGCACAGCUGCUCAGCACUGGGCAAUGCUGCCGGCCUCCGCGGGGGGAGGACCGCGCUGCUGGACGCCGAUGCCCAGCGCCUGCUCCUGCACUCGGCCCAGGCCGACUCCCAGCAUGCAGUGCAGCGAGCGGCGGCCGCAGCCCUGUGCUUGUUUGAACAGCAGGACACACAGCAGCAGCAGGCUGUGAAAUCCCUGCAUGCCUGCAACAUCCUUUGCCACGCGGCCUCAGACUGCCCCGCCACUAGAUGAUCACGAUCACUGACUGCAUGUUGAGAAUGGAGAAGGUUCUCUUCAGCCGAUCGAAGACAAACCAGCGCUUCUUCCAGGACUUGAUCUUGCCGCCCAUUUUAACAAGAUGCCCCUUGCACAUCUUUUCGCUCACGAUGACAUAAGGACAGGUGUCCACGCAGUGGCCAGACGACUCCACAUGGGAGCGGAGGUCAAACUCCUCCUUUCUGAUUGGCAGAUACCGGGUCAUCGGACGAGCCUGGAAAGAAAAAAAUUGUUGAUAACUGUCAUUUGAAAAAAAUACAGUGCUUCCUACAUUAUACUAAUUGAGAUCAAAUGAAUUUCUAUAUAAUUCUGUAUAUAUUAUAUUAUAUUACUUUUACUCUUUAUUUACAACUUGUGAUGAAACAAAUGUUACUGUAUAAGUAGUUUAAAAAUGUAUGUUUCUGUUUCAUGUACAGUAUCUAGUAAGCGCUGGUGCAAAAACAGACCAUAUUUGGCUCUGCUCUGUCCAUAAAAGCUCAGAAUGUAUGUUUUUCA